GAUGCAGCUGCUGGAGUAUGCUUUGCAUUGCUGAGGUUAGAUCUGAGCAUCGCUGGGACUGCCUGCAGAAGCGCCAUACAGAACAGCUUUGGUAAAACUACAAUUCCCUUCAUACGUCCCUGCUGGGACUCGAAGUCCUUCACUUCCAGGAAUCACACGACUUGUAAUAAUCAAAGCGUGAUAUAGAUUAUAGGAAAUCAUACAUCCGGCCAGCAGGGGGCGGUGCAGCUCAAGUCAGGUGGUACAUUGUGCUCUGGGCAGAUAAAUGAGAGCAGCAGUCAGAUCAGGAUACACGUGGGUUGUACAGAUAGAAGAGGACUGGGACUGUCUGAUCAGGACACACAGAGAUAGAAGAGGACUGGGACUGUCUGAUCAGGACACACAGAGAUAGAAGAGAUGGCAGAAGUGGUUCUGGUGAUUGGCAGUGGUGGUAGAGAGCAUGCCAUAGCCUGGAAGCUGGCACAGUCUACCCAUGUGAAACAAGUCCUUGUGGCACCAGGAAAUGCGGGUACUGCUACCAAUGGGAAGAUCACAAAUUCUGAUGUCCCGGUUGGAGAUCAUGCUCAGGUUAUACAGUUCUGCAAAAACAACAAUAUAUCUUUGGUGGUUGUCGGGCCAGAAGCUCCUUUAGCUGCAGGUCUGGUGGAUGAUUUGACGGUAGCUGGAGUGAGAUGUUUUGGUCCCACAGCAAAGGCUGCUCAGCUGGAAGCCAGUAAAAGUUUUGCCAAAGAUUUUAUGGACCGUCAUGGCAUUCCGACAGCUAAGUGGAAGUCUUUCACUGACCCUAAACCAGCUUGUGACUUUAUCACUAGCGCUGACUUCCAGGCCCUGGUGGUCAAGGCAAGUGGCCUGGCGGCUGGAAAAGGAGUGAUUGUGGCCAGCAGCAAGGAAGAGGCUUGUAAAGCCGUUAAUGAGAUUAUGCAGGACAAGGCAUUUGGAGAAGCUGGGGAGACUGUUGUAGUGGAGGAGCUGCUGGAGGGCGAAGAAGUGUCUUGCCUAUGUUUCACAGAUGGGGUCACUGUUGCUGCCAUGCCUCCAGCCCAGGAUCAUAAAAGACUAAUGGAUGGGGAUCAAGGCCCCAACACAGGGGGGAUGGGAGCUUACUGUCCUACACCCCAGAUAACGGAGGCAUUGCUUGCAGAAAUCCGGGACACAGUGCUGCAGAAAUCUGUGGAUGGAAUCCGGAAAGAGGGAACGCCAUAUAUAGGUGUUCUUUAUGCUGGUAUUAUGCUUACUAAAGAUGGACCUAAGGUGCUCGAGUUUAACUGCCGAUUUGGAGAUCCAGAAUGUCAGGUGAUACUGCCGCUUCUUCAGAGUGACUUGUAUGAAGUUAUCCAGGCCACUCUAGAUGGACGCCUUGCCGGUUCUAUGCCAGUGUGGCGGAAGGCCCAUGCUGCUGUUACUGUAGUUAUGGCUAGCGGGGGAUAUCCUGGUAGCUAUGCCAAAGGCCUGGAAAUUACAGGGCUUUCUCAAGCCAAGGAGCUUGGUCUGGAGGUGUUUCAUGCUGGCACCGUGCUGAAGGACGGAAAGGUGGUUACCAGUGGUGGGCGGGUUCUUACCGUCACCGCCAUCAAGAAGGACUUGGUAUCUGCUCUGAAAGAAGCCAACAAAGGAGUAGCCACCGUACAGUUUUCGGGUGCGAUAUACAGAAAUGACAUUGGUUACCGAGCUAUCGCUUUUCUCAGGCAAAACAGGCCCCUGACUUACAAAGACAGUGGUGUGGACAUAGAGGCUGGGAACAGUCUGGUGCAGAGAAUUAAGCCUUUUGCUGCUGCCACUGCUAGACCAGGAUGCAAUGCAGAGCUUGGAGGCUUUGCUGGAUUAUUUGACCUUAAAGCUGCAGGAUAUACAGACCCUAUUCUGGUGUCUGGUACAGAUGGUGUUGGAACAAAAUUAAAGAUUGCACAGGCAUGUAACAAACACGACACCAUUGGACAGGAUCUAGUCGCCAUGUGCGUCAAUGACAUCCUGGCGCAGGGAGCAGAACCUCUGUUCUUCUUGGACUACUUUGCCUGCGGGGCCCUGGAUGUGUCUGUGGCGGCCUCUGUGGUCUCUGGUAUCGCCAAGGCCUGCCAAAUGGCCGGAUGUGCUCUUCUGGGGGGCGAGACAGCAGAGAUGCCGGGCAUGUACGCCCCGGGGGAGUAUGACCUGGCUGGGUUCACUGUAGGAGCGGUGGAGAGGGGCCACAUGCUGCCGUUACUGGACAGGAUCACGGCGGGGGAUCUGGUGAUCGGCGUGGCUUCCUCCGGGGUCCAUAGCAAUGGUUUCAGUCUGGUGAGGAAGAUUCUGGAGAAGUCCGGCCUGAGCUUCUCCUCUCCGGCUCCCUUUGGCUGUGGGACGCAGACACUUGGUGAGAUUUUACUGACUCCAACAAAAAUCUACAGCAAAACCCUCCUACCCAUUUUAAAAUCGGGCCAUGUGAAAGCCUAUGCGCACAUCACUGGGGGAGGUCUGUUGGAGAACAUUCCCAGGGUUCUACCUUCAUCCCUCGGAGUCAAUUUAGAUGCCUUUUGUUGGAAGGUCCCAGAAAUAUUUUCCUGGCUACAGAAGCAGGGGGGUCUGUCAGAGGAGGAGAUGAGUCGGACCUUUAACUGUGGGAUUGGCGCCAUCUUGGUAGUGGAGAAAACACGAGCUGAGGAGGUUCUGAGAGAUCUCCAGCCUGCAGAGGAUGCUUGGAUCAUCGGAGAAGUGACGUCCCGUCCUGCAGAUUCUUGCAGUGUGGAAAUCAAAAAUCUGACGGCAGCUCUGCUUGGGACGAAUGUACAGCUGCAGAAAUAUGUGAUCCCAUCUGUCUGUAAUGGACAGGACCAGAAGACUGAAGGGAAAACCAGAGUGGCUGUUCUCAUCUCUGGGACCGGUACCAAUAUGGAGGCAAUAAUUAGGAGCACCAAAUCUCCCACCAGUGCCGCCCACAUCACCCUGGUGAUCUCCAACAAGGCCGGAGUUGCGGGGCUGCAGAAGGCAGAGGCAGCUGGUAUUCCAACAAAGGUCAUCGACCACAGGCAGUACAGCAGCCGGGAAGAAUUUGACAAUGCCAUUGAUAAGGUUCUUGAGGAAUUCUCCAUCCAGUUUGUGUGUUUGGCCGGAUUCAUGAGGAUUCUGUCGGGACCCUUCGUCAGAAAGUGGAAUGGGAAGAUUCUUAAUGUCCACCCAUCGCUGUUACCAUCAUUUAAAGGAGCCCACGCACACAAGCUGGUAUUGGAAGCGGGAGUGCGUGUCACCGGAUGUACGGUUCAUUUUGUGGCAGAGGAAGUUGAUGCCGGGGCCAUCGUCUUUCAAGAGGCUGUUCCAGUGGAGUUUGGGGACACCGAAGACACUUUGUCGGAAAGGGUUAAGAAGGCCGAGCACCGAGCUUUUCCUGCGGCCUUGCAACUUGUGGCCAGUGGGGUGGUGAAGCUGGGAGCGGAUGGCAAAAUCUGCUGGGACAGAACUCCUGCCAACAAAAACUAAAUGCUCCCUAGUAAAGGAAUGCAAAGCACUGUGAAGGUAGCAACCAAACCCACAUCUGUUCUUAAUGUGCUGACUGCAGUAAUCUGAUUGGUUGCUAUGGAUGAUGAUCUGGAAAAUGUUAUGCUGUGUAGCAAAUACCCCACUGACCGUCAUCCAUUCGGAUGACGUGACCGUACUUUAAAUGGCCCUCCAAUCAAUGGAGCUCAGUUUUGCAAACUGUAGAAAAGAAAGUACCCUUCUUGCCCAUAGCAACCAAUCCAAUGUAAAGAAAAUGUGUACUGUGAGAAAUCCAGUGGCUGCUAAUUCUAACCUACUUCUAACU